CAUGGUCUUGGUAGAGGUCGCUGGUACUCGAGCACUCUGCGUCUGCGGUACUGCCCGCGCUCCUGAUGCGGUCGGUCCGUCGAUGCGCCGCGCUGUGAUGAGUAACACAUUAAACUCCAUCAUGCUGAUUCUUAGAACCGGAUUGGAUUCAGCGCAAAAUGUUGGGUGCUAUUAUUAUACCUAGAUCUUUCUCCUGAGCGGCUUAUUUGAGAAAAAACCCACCGAUAUGGUGACGAAUGUAAACGCUGUGGUGGACGCUGUCAGUCAACUGGAAACGUUCCCCAUGACAAUGGGUCAACUGCAGGAAACUCGGAUUGGCCAGCUCCUACAGACCAUCCGGCACAAGGUGGAUGCUCCACUGCAGAAACGCAUUCGUUCUGUUAUUCGGGCUUGGCAGAAACUACUAUCACCUGAGUUCGCCUCAUUGUCUGUGAUCCCAAUCAAAUGCAGCACUAUGGUCACAUCCGCUGCCCCUGCUGUUUCCUCCUCAACUGCCUCUGAGCAUCGGAAAUCGAAUGGGGCCUCUUUGACCUUUAUCGCGAGAGACAAUGUGGCUCGCACAUCGCAAAGCCCGCUCACUUCUGUGCCAUCUACCGCUUUCCCAGUUCGCCAAACCGACGGUGCAGCUGCCAUACCUCCGAAUUCUGCAUCACGGCCGUUGAAACGUACUCACUCAUCCAUAACCCUCGGAACAUCUGGGCCAGUGACUUCCGCACAGAUGCCUAACACUCCGCCAUGUGCCACCACACCCAACAAACGGUUCAAGGCGCACGACAAUUCCUACCCCUAUUCCUUGUCCCCCGUGACCACCAUAUCCACUGCCAAGCCCCCAACAACAGUUCAUCCAGAGUCCCUAGUGAACGGUACACAACGUCCGACUCCAAGCACACGCACAUCCCAAUUAUCCAAACAAAACACACUUUUUCCCACCAAAUCAACUACUUCCAUCAUUCCAGCUCGACAUAUUGGGGAAAAGCCAUCGACGCCUUCGGAAUCUGCCAAAGUGGACGCUAAUCGCAAUGCAGUCCGGCUGGCCAAAGUCAAAUCUACCGCCGAGUUGGUUCAAGCUGCUGGCGAUUGCAUUGAUUCAGCGACUGCCGAUCGCAUUCUGACCAAUCGAAUUAGCAAAGAGGCGGAUCCACCCAGACCUUCGGUCAUUCCACUUCUCAUGAAAUCAAAGCAGUCACGCCCAACAUCAUCCAGUGCUGGUGUCCAUCGCGUGGGCCCUUCACCGCGCACACGUGGUCCGACGCAGGCUCCAUCUCCAGCUCCAUCCAAACCUGCUACGACUGCGCAGCCAAUGGCCAGGUCGGAAUCACCACUCACAUCCCACCACCACCACCAGACCUCCGAAUUGGCGACAUGUACCAAAAAUCGUACCACCUUCGGUGAGCCCAGCGCGCCCGUAUCCGUGGAGAGCAAGGGCGAGUUAAAUCUAGUCCAAAAAGCUGAGGCCGAACGAACCACUGUGGCUGUCGAUUCGGACAACCAACAAGUCAAGGAAGGUCAUCGAAAGAAAGAAAAGCACAGACAUCGACAUAAACAUCGUCAUCGAACAGAAUCCGAUGAGAAGACACAUCACCACUCACCCGUUGUACAUAUCCCCCCGAUUACAAACCAUUUGGACGACUGGCCCCGUCUUCCACCACUGCCGAGUCACAUUGAUUGGUCCAGUUUAGAUUACACCCCCUUGGGAACCCGCAGUUCCGGCGGAGCGACUUUCUCCGAAUCCGAUAUCACACGUCUUCUAGUGGACAAUUGGCCUGGUGUCAAUUGUACUGUGGAUGAGGAUGGCAACUCAUAUCCGCUCACUGAAUUGUACUCACUCACACUUGGAGAUCAGUACCUUCACAUUCUGCCUUGGAUUGAUGUGUUCGGUGCAAGACGGCAUUUUUUUCCUGUCUCGGAUUUGGACACUUUGACCGAGUUGCCUGAGCCUUGGUAGUCUGUGUAACUGUCCACUACACGUUGUCAUCCUCUGACGACAGACUCUUGGACCAACCGUGGGUGUUUUCCGCACCUAUUCCCGUUCUGACUGUAUGUCUGUGAACUCGCCAUCAGACCACGUGAUCUUUGACUUUGGUGCUCCUUCAGAUAUUUGAGUCGAGUCAUGACGAUGAUGAUGAUGACUGCCUUGUGUGUAUGUUCUGUGACCCGACCUCAUCCUUCUUCCUUCCGCUCGAAAUGGCAUUUACGCAACCUCCCUCGCCCCAGUGGCUGUGCGCUUUUACUUGUGCUACUGUGACUUGCGCAAUCGGCACUACCACAACUCACCUAGUCGCCUACCGGUUUCCUUCAUGAGCUUGAUUCCGUUUCUUUUCUGCCUGUUUGUCUAACUUUCACUUCUUUUUCCUUUUUCGACUCAUCGAGAUUGUCCUGCGUGUGCGUGCAUGCACGCGCGUGGAUAGGUGAGCACUUUCGUGCUCACCGUUUGCCAGCACUGACUCAGUGUACUUGUCAGCCAAAUUCCCAUGAUGGUUUUCGACUCUUGCUCACUCUCCUCGUCUUUGUCGCACGUGUGUCGCUUGCUUUCACUCUUUCUUCCCUCCGCGUGUGUGUAUAUUUUUGUACAUAUCUCCCUCCCCUGCCCUCAUGACACCUAUCUUUAGUCCUUCUAUUGCAUACUCUCUACUACAGAGUUAAAUUUCUACAGAAAUAUACAUGCAAAUUGCGUUUAAUGACCUC